AUGGAGCUGCCCUUAGUGGGUGUUCUUUUGGCCUGCCUCUCCGUAGGUCAGUUCCACUGUGUCAGCGACACACGGAGCAUACGCCAAACUUCAGAGCUCCUUCGAGCCCCCAAACCACCCCACCCCCUACCCAACAGAAAAGUGUCUGGAGUUCCGAGAGCAAUGUGUAAUUCGAUCUCUAGGGACCGAGGAUCCAGGAUUUCUCAGGGACUCCGCUGCCAAUGGCCAGAGCUCAACUGUAGGCAGCUGCAGCUGCGGCCCCACUUUUCGGCCGAGGACUCCCGGUGUAGCGGCUCCCACUCCCCCCUCGCCCGCCCCUUCCCCUCCCUCCCCAACCCCCUCCCCCUUUCCUUGGAAGCGCUGAGUAAGCCCGUGGCCCCAGAGGGUAGGGACGAGGCGCUGCGGGAGCCGAGCUGGUGGCAUGUCCGAGUCCAGCUACAAGUGCCCCGAAGCUGCAACCGCCCCUGCGAGAACACAGGUAUUGUGAAAACCAUUGUUAAACCUCCACAAAAAUGGACAAGGAAAAGGACUCAUAUUAACAUUGUCAUCAUUGGGCAUAUAGACUCUGGCAAGUCCGCCACUACUGGUCAUCUCAUCUACAAAUAUGGUGGAAUUGAUAAGAGAACCAUUGAGAAGUUUGAGAAGGAGGCUGCUGAGAUGGGAAAGGGCUCCUUCAAAUAUGCCUGGGUCUUAGAUAGGCUGAAGGCUGAACAUGAACAUAGUAUCACUAUUGAUAUCUUCCUGUGGAAAUCCGAGAUCAGCAAGUAUUAUGUGACCAUUAUUGAUGCUCUGGGACACAGAGAAUUUAUGAAGAACAUGAUUACAGACACAUCUCAGGCUGACUGUCCUGUUCUGAUUGUUGCUACCGGUGUGGGUGAAUUUGAAGCUGGUAUCUCAAAGAAUGGGUAGACCCAUGAGGAUGCCCUUCUGGCUUAUACAUUAGGUAUGAAACAACCAAUUGUUGGCAUCAACAAAAUGGAUUCUAUUGAGCCCCCCCCCCCCCAUAGCCAGAAGAGAUAUGAGGAAACUGUUAAGGAAGUUAGUACCUAUAUUAAGAAAAUUGGCUAUAAUCCUGACAUAGUAGCUUUUGUGCCAAUUUCAGGUUGGAAUGGUGAUAACAUGUUGGAAUCAAGCUCUAAUAUGCCUUGGUUCAAGGGAUGGAAAGUCACCUGUAAGGAUGACAAUGCUAAUGAAACUACAUUACUUGAAGCUUUGGAUUGCAUCCUUCCACCAACUUGUCCAACAGAUAAGUUCCUUCAUUUACCCCUCCAAGAUGUCGACAUGAUUGGUGAUAUUGGUACAGUACCUGUUGGCCAUGUGGAAACUGGUGUUCUAAAACCAGGAAUGGUGGUCACCUUUGCCCUAGUCAAUGUUACAACUGAAGUAAAAUUUCUUGAAAUGCACCAUGAAGUUUGGAGUGAGGCUCUGCCUGGGGAUAAUGUUGGUUCUAAUGUUAAGAACAUGUCUGUCAAAGAUGUCCACCAUGGAAACGUGGCUGGGAGCUUUUUAUGGGCCUAAGUCUUGUUGAGGGUCUUUGGAUCCAAGGGUCUCAGGAUGUCACACAUAUGUGUGUAUACACACACACACAUACAUACACACGUACAACCACUUCCUCAGAUAUCUAUUUUGCUAUUUUGGACAAAUGAGUUUCUUUUCUACUUGCUAUAUUUGGUCAUAAUUGGUUUUGAAUUUAUAUUAGAUGCGAAAAGGGUCAUGCUUUGAAUAUAGAGGUUGGUGUUCUUCUAUUCUUCCCAAAAUGAAAAAGUAAAGUUCUUUUCUUGACUCUGACUAUGUAUCCUCCACUAAUAAUAAUAUUUAAGAGAUAGACAUAAUUCUAGGCUGGUAUAUCUUCUCUCUGGGAAAGACAGAGUAGCCUUUGGCCUCAAUGUUUUGCAACCCUUCUUGGCAGAAAUUAAAGUCUCCACUGGAGAGAAGUGAGGGGAUAGGAGGCUAGAGAGUUAUAACAUCACCACCAUCUAAAAUAUUAAGAACCUCUGCUCUAAAGGAAGUUUUUAGGGUAUGAAGUUUGUCCUUGUAGACAAGAAGAUUUGGAUCUGAAUCUUGCUUCCCACAAUUGCUGGCUAUGACUAUGUGCAAGUCUUUUAACCUUUAAGUAUUGUGAAUGAACUUCUAGGAUUCUUUUUUUUUUUUUUUGUCAAAGAGGCCUAUGCAGGGAGAUUCCAAUUUGGAUAAAAUUGCAGGUUUGGAUCACAUUGCUCUCUCCCAACACCCCAACAAAAGCAAAACAAAAGAAAGCAACAAAACCUGAUGUAGUCUUUCUAGGCUCUUUGUUGUUUCCCCAUGACUAGAAAUGACUGACAGUCCACCAGGUUGCUUUCAUCUAGAAACCUCCCCCCCCCCCCAAGAUGACAGAAAUAAGUGCUUUGCAAUAAAGCUGAAAAUUGAAUUGAGAGGCAGGGCAGAAGUCCUCUGGCAUUGCCAUGACUAUCUAUACUCAUAAAUAUUGAUUGAUGUUUUGCUAGAAGGUUGUUUUUUAUUGUGCUAAACUUUGCAAGAUGGAAGUCUCCUUCACAUAGAAGUUUGGACAUCAAGCACCUACUUAGAAAAGUGACAAGUUGACUAACUGAUUGAUUGUGAAGAAUGUUGAAGUGAUAUCUUUCUUCUUCAAAGGUAAAAGGAAAAAUUUUUAUAGGUUUGCCAGCAUAAUUAAUGGACAUCAUUGUGAUGCCAGAAAAUGUUGCUUUCCAUGGCACCUAGACUUUAUUUUGGGAUGACUUAUAUGUGUUAUAGCUGUUGGUGUAAGUUUUCCAUUUUGUCUUAUUAAGUUGUCUUUCUCCUAAAUUAGGCAGGAUGCUUUUUGCCAUGUGAUCAAAAUUGGCCAAAUAAUGCAAAUAUUGUUUUUUUUAAAAUAGACUUACCUGUUAAAAAAGACAAAAUAAAAAUACAAAAUAGGGAGUAAAGUUUUUAUCAUUUAAAAGUGUUGCCAAACGACUUAAUAAACUAACCAAUGUGAUAGAGGCAUAGAGAGAGAGAGGACUUGUAAGCCAAGAUGCAAGAACCAUCUUGGCUUACAAGUCCCCUCUCUCUCUAUGCCUCUAUCACACCAAGAAAAAAAAUAUUUUGUGUUUGUUCCUUUCCAAGUAUAUUUGUAAUUCUGUUACUUUUGCAUAGUUUAAACUUGCCUUCAUGAUAGAUACAUUUGUAUUUGGUUUUAUUUUGAGGGUAGGGGAAGAGAACAUGAGGGUCUGGUCCUAUGAUGCCAAUGAUGCAGGGCAUUCCUCAGAAAGAAAUUCUCACCAUUGGCUCAGAUUAGUAGAACAUCUGUAAUUAAGAGUCUUAGAGCUUUGUCUGGAGCAUUGAGAGACUGGAGUAACUUAAGCAGAGUCAUAUAACUAAUAGGUGUUAGAGGCAAGAUUUGAACUCUUGUUUUCCUGACUCUUAAAGAUCGUCCCUCUAUUCAAAUCACAAAACAGGAAUAUUAGAAGGCAAUAAUUGUCUAAAAGAAGCUUGGCAAGAUAUCUAGUAAGUAGAGUCACUCCAAGUUGAAAAAAAGAAACUACAGACAGAAGAAAAAUGGAAAAGCCUGGGAAAACUAUUAUAAUUGUUUUCUUUAUCAAGUUUGGUGGAACCACCAUACUUGGACCUCAAAAUUCACUGUCCUUGAGGUGCUUACAGAAGAAGUAGAAGUAGCACUAAAGAGAAAAAAGAUUAGAAAGUCAUUGAUCAAGUAAAGAAAGAAGAGAUUCAUGCUGGAGAUAUUACAAUUGGAAGAGUUUUGAGGAACCAAUAAAUCCUGGGUAUCUAAAGGAGGAGAAGAUAACAAACAGCAUGGAAAUAAUCUUGGACAUUAUUAAACAAAAAAAGGAACUUAGAUUAUCAGUUACUAUUGAUCUAUAUCUCUACUCUCCCAUUUAUACAAAAUCAUUGAAGGUCAUGUCUUUCCUAGUUCAUUUUAGUUACUUCAUGUAGAUACCAAUUGAGGACAUCCUUGAAGAGGAUAAUUAGUGGAGAAUCAAUAUACAAAUAUAUCAAUAAUGAACCACAUAUUUGCCAUCUUUCUAGUGGCUGAAAAGUUUAGAAUAUACUAUAGCAUCACUCUGUGCUUAUUGUUGAUUAUGAAAAAAAUUAUUGGAUAGUACAAGAUGAUGCCUUAUACAUGCUUUUAUAACACAAGAGUCUCUCAACCAUUUAUCAUUCAGGUUUUCUUGGAAGGUGUAAUAACAGAAACAAACCUAUUUGGAGACUCUUUGAUAAUAAAUAUUAGGCAAGAUACAGGGAGAUAGAUGCAUGUUUUUGUCAAAAGUAUUUGGCAAAGUUAUGGAAAUGGAGGAGAAACAGUACAGAGUUCACAAUGAGAAAGGAUUCCUGGCAGACAGUAAGGUUUUUCAGAUGUUCAUUUGUGGAUGACAUUCUAUUUAUUUCUUUAAGCUCUAAGAUAAUAUAGAAUUUCCUUGAAGAAAUGUCCAAACAUUCAAAAGAAUUUGGUCUGUCCAUUUACAUAGGAAAGACUAAAUAAAUGAAGAAUAUCUCUUGUCCAUUUUUAAUAUGGAUCUGAUUGGACACCCUCUAGAGCAUUCCUCUAGUAUCUUAGGUAAAGAGUAAGAAAUAUAGUAGAUUAAGCCUAGAGUUGAAAAAGGAAAAGGUGAACAGGCUAGAUUGCUUUAGAGAAAUUGCAAGACACUUUUACUGAUCCCAUUCUUCCCAUAGUUUUAGUGUAAACAUAUUACUAGUAUUACUAUAUGGCAGAAAGACUUGAAUCUCUUCUGCCUUUAAAUAACUAAAGAUGAACAUCCCAUAAAAGGAAAAUCAAUGAUUUUCCUGCCUUUAGUUUCUCUCUACUUUGACAUAUCCAUUAGGGUAGCUAAGGGUUAUGGCAUAUAUAGUGGCAAACCUAGAAUCAGAAAGAUCUGAAUUCCAUUCUGAUUUCAUACACUAGUUGUUUGAUCUUGGGCAAGACACUUAACCUCUAUGUCUGUUUCUUCAAGCAUGAAAUGGGGAUAUUAACAGCACCUUGGAGAUAGAUGCUAGGAGCUUAGAAGGCAUACAGUAGGUGCUAUUUAAAUGAUUAUUCCUUUCCCUUUCCUACUUCCUUCACACAAUUUCAAAAAUAACUUCCUAAAAUAUGUCUGAUUAGGUUUCUUAUCUGCUCAAAAGCUGAUAGUGAGCUAAAAUAAAUAAUAUAAAUGUCUUAGCUUGGCAUUUAAACCCACUACAAUCAGUAUCCAACAUACUUGUCUUAUCUUAUUACUUCACAAACUAGAUUGUUGGGUGUUCUCCUUAUUUAAUAGACCAUCUUUUGUUUUAAUGUAUCUACACAGGUUGACCACCAUCAUAGUUGUAAUUGUCUUUUGCUCCCUCAUCUCCACCUUCAAAUUCCCCAUCUUCCCUAAAGGCUCAGUUCAGCUGCCACCUCCUAAUAAAGCCUUUACCUUAGCUGAAGGUUUUAUCUCUCUCCUCCAAUAUUCCUGGAUCAUGUAAUACAGUGAAAAGGGCAUUGACUUCAGAAUCAGAAGACCUGUGUACAAAUCCCAUCUAUGACUUUUAAUGCUUGUAGGACCUUAAAUUUUUUGUUCUGGCUUCCAUCCAUAAAAGGAAUAAUACUGAAAAAUGUUUUACAUAAUUGCACCUGUAAAAUAUGUAUCAGACUUCUUACCAUCUCAGCAUGGGGUGGGGGGAGAGGAAGGAAGGAGGGAGAGAAUUUUAUUUUUAUUAUAAAGAUAUUUUAUUUUAUCAAUUACAUAUAAUUACAUGUAACAAAUUUCUACAUAAGUUUUCUGAAAUGAUCCAAAUUGUCUCCUUCUCCCUCCUGCAUCCUGGAGUUGCCAAGCAAUUUGAUCUGGGUUAUAUAUGUAUUAUCAUGCAAGCCAUGUUUUUAUAUUGAUCAUUUUAUAAGAAAAUAAUCUUAUAAAACAAAAACCUUAAUAAACUAAGUGAAAAAUCACAUAUUUCAUCUGCAUUCUGACUCCAACAGUUCUUUCUCUGGAUAUGGAUAGCAUUCUUUUUUCAUACAAUUCUCAGAGUUGUCUUGAUCAUUAUAUUGCCGAGAGCAGCUAAAUCAAUCACAGUUGAUCAUUCUAUAAUAUUGCUGUUACUAUAUGCAAUUCUCUUGAUUCUGAUUAUUUCACUUUGCAUCAGUUUAUGUAGGUCUUACUAGCUCUUUCUGAAAUCAUCCUGUUCAUCAUUUCUUAUAGCACAAUAGUUUUCCAUCACCAUAAUCUACCACAAUUUGUUUAGCCAUUUCCCAAUUGAUGGACAUCCCUUCAAUUUCCAAUUCUUUGCUACCACAAAAAGAGCAGUUGUAAAUAUUUUUGUACAAGUUUGUCCUUUUCUCUCUUUUUGGCAUACAGAUCUAGUAGUGGUAUUACUGGGUCAAAGGAAGGAUAUGUAUUGUUUGGGCGUAGUUCCAAAUUGCCCUACAGAAUGGUUGGAUCUGUACACAAUUCUACUGGCAUUAUCACUUUCUUUAACUGUCAUAUUUACCAAUCUGAUAGAUACUAGGUGUUAAUUUAGGUACUUUAAUUUGCUUUUCUCUAAUCAAGAGGGACUAAGAACAUUUUAUAUGAUAAUUGGUAGCUUUGAUUUUUCAUCUGAAAAGUGUUUAUUCACAUGUCAAUUUAAUAUAGUCAAAUUAUCUUAUAUCUGGUAAUGUUCUUUAUCUCUUGUUUAGACAUAAAUUCUCCCCUUCUCCAUAGUUCUGAUAUGUUAGCUAUUCUAUGUUCACAUAAUUUACUUAUGGUAUCACCCUCUAUGUUUAAAUCAUAUGCCCAUUAUGACCUUAUCUUGGUUUAGGGCAUGAGAUCUUGGCCUAUACCUAAUUUUUGCCAUAUUGUUUUCCAGUUUUCCCAAAAGUUGUUGUCAAAUAGUGGGUUCUUAUACCAAAAGCUUGGAUCCUUAGAUUUCUCAAACACUAUAUUAUAGCAAAGGUUAUUUACUCUGAAUCUAUUCAGUGGAUCCACCAUUCUAUUUCUUAGCCAGUACCAGGUUGUUUUGAUGAUUAUUGCUUCAUAGAAUGAUAUAAGAUUGCUAGGCCACUGUCCACAUUUUCCCCCCAUUAAUUCCCUUGAUAUUGUUGAUUUUUUGCUCUUCUAGAUAAAUUUUGUUAUUAUUUUUUCUAAUUAUAUAAAAUAGAUUUUUGGUUGUUUGAUUGGUAUAGCACUGAGUAAGUAAAUUAA